AUGGAAUCCGAGAAAAAGCUGAAUUACGUGCCCGAAACGUUACUGAAGAAGCGAAAGAUCAAUGAGCGAGCUGCUGUUGAGGCUGCACAACAGCGUGCAGAGAUGCGAAAAAAACAAAGAAAGGCCAGUCUACGAACUACGUUUAAGCGAGCCGACCAAUUUGUCAAAGAAUACCGAAAGCAAGAGAAGGAAGGUGCACGUCUCAAAGUAUUGAACAAGGAACGAAAGACCGGCAAAGCAAAGCAUCCUGCAUUGGAGACCGCCAAACCCGAUCAAGUAUUGCUUGUCAUCCGUACCAAGAACACACACAAUGUCCAUCCCAAGAUCAAAAAGACGCUUCGCUAUUUGAGAUUAUCAUCAAUGAAUGAAGGCGUGUUUGUACGAUUGGAUGAAAACACACGGAGGCAACUCAAGACGGUGCUCGCUUACAUUACUUAUGGCGAACCCAACCUCAACACCGUACGAGAUCUCUUGUUGAAGCGUGGAUUUACACUUAUCGAUAACAAGCGCACAGCCAUUUCCGACAAUAUGAUGGUGGAGGAACGAUUGGGUGAACAUGGCAUUAUUUGUGUUGAGGAUAUGAUUCACGAAAUCUUCAAGUGUGGUGAGCAAUUCGACAAUGUGGCAAAGUUUGUUCUUCCCUUCCAAUUGCAUGAACCUGUUCGAAGAUGGAGAGAGAAGCGACUCAAGACCCACAUGGCAGAAACUGAAGGCGAGAUUCCAUACGAGACCGAUGUCAACAAGCUAGUCGAAUUGAUGAAUUAG